AUGCGUUACUUCAUUGCCGCCUCUGUCCUGGCCGCAGGAGCCCUUGCUCAGUCCGCCACCGACUACCUCAAGUGUGCUAGCGCCACCUUUGGCUCAGCCGAUGUCUCCGCCUUCAAAGACUGCGAUGGCAAGUCCGCCCAAGAGUGCAUCUGUGGCAACAAGGACGCACUGUCCACUCUAAGCGACUCCGCCGUCAGCGCGUGCGACGGCGUCGAUAUCACCUCCCUCACAGACUCCCUCUGCGGCAGCUCCCGCGAAGCCGCACCAGCCCGCCACGCCUCCAAGCCCAUGGAGCUAGCAGACAACAUGAAGCGCGCCUUCGCUCCCCAGGUCGAAGCCAACUCUGCUGCCCCCGCUGUACCCCGCGUCGUCUAUGUCACCGAGACCAAGACCGACUGCAGCUGCAAGAGCACCCCCGCGCCUAACGCGCACAUGGCGCACAUCUCCCAGAUCCCAGUCGAUGUCCCUGCUAGCUCCAGCUCCAUGUUCGGUAUGGCUGCUGCGUCUACACCCGCUAGAUACUCGCACGGUCUGAUGGGCGCCGCUACUUCCUCUGUUCUCUUUGGCUCGCAGGCUUCCGCUGCUACUCCUUCGCCCUCUGGUGCUGAUGCUCACCGUUUCUCGGCGUUCCAGGGAGCUGCUGCUCCUGGUGCCUCUGUGAACACUGGUGCUGCGGCCGUCGGUGUCGCUGCUGUCAUGGCCUUUAUGGCUGCCCUGUAA